AUGUCGACAAUUGAACCUUAUAUCGGUGUACUUUAUGAACCUCUGACUGUUGUAAUAAUGGCUUCAUUAUGCAUUCAUUGGUUGGAAAUCGACUUGGUAAGCGAGGAAAAUAAUCUCCACAUAUUUUACGAGACCGGUAAAAGAACGCCAAACUUCGCACUGCUAUAUCGCAUGUCGCUGGAAAUUUCCCGCUCUCGGUGCAAAAACAUCUGGACUUGUGAUAAUGGUGAUUGUUUAUUUAACACUUCGAAAACCCCAACGAGAAAGAAAGUUUCCUUCGUUUUCAAAAAGACGUGGAAUAAAUUACCUUCAGAAUUUCAGGCCAUUUUUAAAAAUCUACGCGUGAAAAUACUAGAACAACGUACGAGAUCGAAGAAAGAUUUAACUAUUUUAUUUGAACCUCACGUCAAAAAUCUUUCUAACGAUGUCGAGAAUAUUUUGCCUCAAAGCUUCAGGAAUGAGUCCUUGGACGGUAGCUGUUCUUUUUCACCAGGCACGAGUCGUUAUAUUCAUAAUUACCAAGAUGAUAACGCCAAUUCAUCCCACCAUGCUACUGGAAAUGUCGAAAAUAAUCGCAAAAAUGAUACAAACAAAUUUCUAGAUCCAAUUUGGCUCCAAAGUCUCGAGAUUGGACCCUUUUACAGUGAUAUUUCUUUUUUACCAAGUGAAAUUUUUUUGAUUCCCAAUGUUUAUAACACUUCAAUAAACGAAUUCAACACCCAGAUAAAUGGUAACGUCAAACCGUCUCAUCAAGCUAUUGGAAUUGACAUAGUAAAUAGCAAAAGCUUGAUAGAGUAUGAUUGUGAUUACGAAAAUUCAGAAAUAAUUAUCAACCCUUUAUCACUUAAUACAGAUAUAUUGGAACUUAUAAUUCAGUUUAUCCAAGGAACUUUGAUCAAAAUCCAAUUAAUUGUCUUCAGCAAAAAUCAUCGUUGGAAGAGGUUUUAA